GUUCAAAACUGUCCUCCAUAUUUGAUGAGGUUGCACGGGGCCCAUCAACUAUGCACUUGAAUGGCAUCAACAAAAAUGAAUUGUCGGAGAACAUCGUAUAUGUGCUUAUUUGUUUUUGUCAUAUUUGUAAUAAUCGUUUACAUGACGUUUUUCAAUCAUGGACCCCCUGAAAAAAUCCUUUCUGCUAACUCAAGGACAAAUGCGUAUCUGGACCGUGUGUUAGCUGGGGAUGGCGAUGAAGAGGUUCUAAGGUCGGCUCGGGCUUGGGAUUCAUUUAUGAAGGCUAAUCAUUACGUCUCCAUUGGUGAUAUCUACGAUAGUUGUGAGGAAGACGGUAGAAAAUGGUUAGGUAAAACCAUCAUUCUACCAGAUAAAAGAAGAGGCGGUGUUACAUCAAAAACUUUUUUAAAUGUAACAUUUGAGAAAACCUUAGAUGACGGUGAAUUUUUCCUGAGUGUUAGUUAUGGUGGUAAAGAUCUGUACGAGAAUAAGUGGAAGUUUUGUGAGAUGGAGGAGGACGAGGAUGACGAAGAACGAUGGAUCUUCUGUCCGUACAAACCCGGAAGUUACUCCUGGGUCAUAGACCGGAAAAUACCCAAUUAUCUUCCUAAGGGUACCUAUAAAGCCACAGCGAGAUUAACAGAUGAAAAUGAAGAAGUCCUUAUGUGUGGAUUCGCAGAAUUUGUUUUGUAGAUCUGAACAGUGUAUCUAGUUUAACUAUUUGUUAUGUUGCAUUGAUAUUAUGAGCAAAACAUGUUGAUGUGAACGAUGUUUCUAUAGAUAGUGCAAUAUUUCACGUAUAUCGAGGUAAACAAUGACAUAAUUUAUUGGUGACAUGACGAUUUGAAUGUAAAAUUAGUACAUUGACAGUUAUUGGCGCCUGUUAUUGAGAGAGAGAGAGAGCUGGGCUAUGAAUCCCUCCUGCACCUCGUCCCGAACACGUAUAAAAUUAUAAAUUGGAGUUCAGAAUCAGAAAAAAAUGUAUAUAAAUGACUUUGGGUCCUAGAAAAACGACACCUCUCAAAUAAUGAGGACAUUUGUGAUCAGCCACGUUACAUUUCAGGUACAUGCACAAAUACAGAAAAAUUACAAAUCUAACAAUAUUACCACUUUGACGUCUUAUAGUAUAAGGUACUUCAUUAAAAACAAAUUUGGUGUUUCUUGGCCUUUUUGUUAGAAUAUUCAUGCUGAAUGUUCAGGAAUUUUAACAUAGAUUCUUUAUAUUAUAUUGAUAGGCAACUUUAUCUAUCUAAAAUGAAUGUGACCUGUCAUUGACGCAACCUUAUUUACAAGGACAAUAGCCCUAAUCAGAUAAAUAUCAGAUAAUAAAGCUUACUGUAUCAAUCUGUAUCUCUAUGUCAAUUUCUCUUUGUGAACUACAUGUAAAAAGUUGGAAUUGAAAAUAAAAGUUGAAAAAUA